AUGAGCGGCUUCGGAUCUGGCGUCCCUGAGGGCACCCACGGCCACCACAACACCCGCCUGGCCAACGCUGCCGACCCUCGCAUUGAUUCGGAUAGGGAUAACCGUGCCGCCCCCGGCAACACAACUGGCCUUCAGUCAUCUGGCCUUCAGUCAUCUGGCCUUCAGUCAUCUGGCCUUCAGUCAUCUGGCCUUCAGUCAUCUGGCUUUGAGUCAUCUGGCCUUCAUUCGUCUGGACUUGAGUCCUCUCGCCACACCACUGGCGUCCAUGAGCCAGCCCACCAUGGAGUUGGAACCCAGGAGGGCGUCUUUAACACAACUGGUGCCAACCGUGGCAUCAGCGGUCCCGCCUCCAAGACUGAUGGUCCUCACAGCAACAACCUGCUGAACAAGGCCGACCCUCGCGUCGACUCUGACCGUGACCGCAGCAAGAACAUGGGCCUGAACCCGGAGCGCGAUGCCACCACCGACACUCUGGGUUCCUCCACACAGCGCACCACCCACGGCACCACCCACGGCACCACCCACGGCGAUACUCUGGGCUCUACCACCCAUGGUCGCACCACUCAGGGUGACACUCUAGGCUCUACCACCCACGGUCGCACCACUGCUGGCGACACUCUGGGCUCUACCACCCACGGCCGCACCACCGCUGGUGAUACUCUAGGCUCUACCACCCACGGCCGCACCGCUGGUGAUACUCUUGGCUCUACCACCCACGGCCGCACCACUGGUGCUUCCGAGGGCACCCACGGACCUCACUCUUCCCGUGCUGCCAAUGCUGCCGAUCCCCGUAUCGACUCUGACAGAGACCACCGUGCUGCCCCUGGCAAGACUACCGGAACCACUGGUCUCGGCAGCUCCAACGUUCCCCAGACCCGCUCCUCCGGCCCUGCCCCCAACACUGCUGGCCCUCACAAGUCUGACCUGCUGAACAAGCUCGACCCCCGAGUUGACAGCGACCUCGACGGCAGCAAGACCGUCGGUGGUGACAAGACUCAGUCCCACUAA